AUGACAACGAUGUUCGUCCAACUGCGCCGCGUGGUGUACCUGUUGGUACUUCUGCACUUCUGUACGUGUGUGGCAUAUGCGAAUGAGUCAAGUGUGAAUGACGAUAAUUGUAAACAGAAGAUUGAGGAGUUUAAAGAUAUGCAGAAUGAGUUAAAAAAAAUAAUGAUUGUUGCAGAAGACUCUCUAAUUGAUUUGGAUAAAGAAUUUGGUGCAUGUGAUGAUUAUUCUUUACGUGCAUUAAAUGCCGUGGAUCGACUGGAGAGCCUCACCAAAGGAGCGGAGGCGGGGAUGAGUCCGAUUCACACUUCUACCAGUCGCGAGGAGAUGAAAGAACAGCGGAAGAAGUUUGAAACUGCACUACAAGAAGCCAAUGAUGUCCUAUCUAAUGUCACGUUAGCAUUGAACAAAACAAGAAAGGCGGCCGAAGAACUUAACAAGACAUUAACUGAGGUGGAAGGACUUUCUAACGAUAUCAUCUCCGAGGCUACUGAAUUUAAGCAUUCUCCUCCAAAAGUAUCACCGUCGUCGCACCAUUUAUUUUUGGAAAUGGAGAAGAUAGUUAGGGACAGCAAAAGAGAAAGUGAAGAAGCUCUGUCUUUCGUUGCAGAAAGGAAAUCGAGGGUUCAAAUGGCCUUCGAUACUGCGAAGAAAGCGGAGGAACAGGCAGAAUCUCUGAAAGUGGCAGUUCAAGCAUUUAACGAGUACUUGGAGAAACAUGGUCUUAAACCUGAAGACUCAACAGCGGAUUCACAUCAGAAUACUUCAGAGAAUGAAUUUCCUAAAGAAGAAAAAGAGUCUGACAAGGUUACUCCGGGGAAUAAAAAUGUAGAAAGUAAAUUGGAGAGCAGCCACGGAAUGGUGACUAAUACGAAAGAAGAAAACACUGCACAACUGCAGCACAGCUCUCAUGAAGAGGUAAAGAAUGUGCAUAUGAACACGACAAAAGUCACUGGAAUAACUAAAGAGUCCAGUAAUGAUGAAAGGGUCAAUAACAUAAAACCAGAGGAAAACAAUACCACAACGCAAAAACGCGUGAUGGAGAGCCAAUCAAAUAGAGAACAGAGGGUGGAAGAAAAGGGCACUAAGGGAAUUUCUAAUAAAGACAAUAAAUCAUUCAAUGCCUCUACUACUACUAAUGAUGUGGAUUCUCAUAAAACGUCAUCUGAAUCUUCUACUUCGGUUUCAAUGCAUUUGAAUGUUGCACAGUUAAGUGACAGCAGCAGCAGUCCUGUAUUGGUGCACAGUCCCUUAUUGCUGCUUCUUGUUUCGAUGUGUGUGCUGGGCUGCACUGUCCUUUGCUGA